AGUAACUGUUAACAGCAGCAGAGUGAGACCUCCUCUCAGCUGGUUGAAACAAAACAUCUCUGCUGCUGUUAAGUCCCGCCCCCGGAAACGGAACCCUGACAGCUCGCUGCGCGCGGGAUUUAAUUCAUUUCAGAAGCAGCUCGCGCUCAGAAAUCCGCGCUGACAGUGGACUACAAACAACAACCCGAAAGAGAGAAAUAAAGAAAGAAAGAAAGAGAGAGACAGAGAGACAGACAGACAGGUAGGUAGGUAGGUAGGUAAACAUGGCGACUCCACCGAAGAGAUCAUGCCGUGUUCCCGCCAGUCCCUCCGGCAGCGUCUCGCGCAGAGAGAAGAAGAUCUCCAUCGAGGGAAACAUCGCUGCAGGGAAGUCUACCUUUGUGCGUCUCCUGGAGGCGGCGUCUGAGGACUGGGAGGUGAUCCCUGAACCCAUCGGGAAAUGGUGCAACGUCCAGAACGACAGCACCGACAUUUACCAGGAGCUGAGUUCCUCUCAGAAGAGUGGGGGUAACCUGCUGCAGAUGUUGUAUGAUAAACCCAACCGCUGGUCCUACACCUUCCAGAGUUAUGCGUGUCUCAGCAGAGUUCGUUCUCAGCUCCAGGCUCCAUCUCUCAAACUCCAGCAGGCUGAAAACCCCGUCCAGUUCUACGAACGCUCGGUCUACUCAGACAGGUAUGUGUUUGCGUCCAGCCUGUUUGAGAGCGGCAGCCUGGCGGAGACCGAGUGGAGUGUUUAUCAGGACUAUCACACCUGGUUACUGACCCAGUUUGAACCGGACAUCGCCCUGGACGCCAUCAUCUACCUCCGCGCUCCGCCUCAGCGCUGUAUGCAGCGUCUGAUGCACCGCGGCAGAGAGGAGGAACAGGGAAUCCCUCUGGACUAUCUCCAGCAGCUGCACCGUAAACAUGAAGACUGGCUCAGUGACAGAAAGCUCAGUCUGGACUUUGAGUACCUGAAUGAACUUCCUGUUCUGGUUCUGGACGUUAACGACGACUUUAAGAACGAUCGCAUCAAACAGGAAGCCAUCAUCGACCAGGUCCGAGACCUCCUCUCCACGCUGUAGACCAAUCACAGCUCAGCUCCUCUCCACGCUGUAGACCAAUCACAGCUCAGCUCGUCUGAUUGGACGACCCCGUUACUUUGUAAAUGUUUCUCUUGAUGAAUUUUUGACUUUUUGUCGGAUUUUAAUGCAGAACUCCAGUUUUCUCUUCCUGUAUAUUUUAUAUUUUUGUAGAUAAAGUGUGUGUGUGUGUGUGUGUGUGUGUGUUUACUUGAAUUAGUUUGAUAUUUAUACUUCAGUCUCUUCAUCCUCUCAGAGGGAAGGAGAACUGUAAUGCUGGUUUAUCCUGACUUUGAGGGUGUAAGUGAACACACCACGGUGCUUUCAGGGUCACAGAGUUACAUGUGUUUUUCUGCUGGAAUAAAGAAACUGACUGACUGAAA